CGAUAAGCAACGAUAAGCAUUUAAACAUAUGUCAAAAAAAGAAAAAAUCAGACAAGGUAUUGAACGCUGAAGUAUUCUACAAAUAAAGAUGUCCAAGCAUCCGGCUCCAGAAAAUCAGCGUGUCUAUCCUUCCGCUCCUCCAGCGCUUUUCAGCAGCAAUGAUUUCUCGCAAAGGGCUCCGCCGCCCUCUUAUGAGGAAAGUUUAAAGAUGUCAACGCCAUUAACAAACUUACCUUCUCCAUAUUACGCAGGCCAAGGAGUUCCAUUGGCGCCCGGAACAUCUUAUGGCUAUGUCAAUCCAUAUCAAGUUCAUGUACAACAACAGCAAAGGCAUUACAACCCAAUGUCUACUAGUUUUCAAUCAGCUUGCACGCAGCCCACGCAGCCUUCUCCUUCGAAUGCCCAGGAUAAAAAUAGAAAUGUUUUACUAUUGGCCAAAGGGGCUAAAUUGCGCACAGCACCUAAUGGUGCUAUUAGUAUUCCUCCGCCUCCCCCAGGAUGUGCACCAUCUGCAGCCCAAUUGGCUGCCAUGAAAGGUCAACCUGUAUUGGUCAAAAAACAAAAAGGAUCCUUUUUCUAAACAAACGA